AUGGGGUACGCCGGCAACGCCGAGCCCAGCUACAUCAUCCCGUCCACGAUCGCCGUGGGCGGCAACGACUCGAGCACCGUGCGCAGCCGCCAGGGCAUCGACGACCUGGACUUCUACAUCGGCAACGAGGCGCUGGACCACGCGUCCACGCACCAGGUGAACUACCCCAUCGCCCAGGGCAUCAUCCAGAACUGGGACAACAUGGAGAAGCUCUGGCAGCGCUGCCUCUUCCAGCACAUGCGCUGCGAGCCCGAGGAGCACUACAUGCUGCUCACGGAGCCGCCGCUCAACCCGCCCGAGAACCGCGAGGCCACGGCCGAGAUCAUGUUCGAGACCUUCAACGUCCCCGGCCUCUACAUCGCCGUACAGGCCGUGCUGGCGCUGUACGCGUCCUGGCCCAAGAUCAAGGACCCGUCGCAGCGCUCGCUCACGGGCACGGUCAUUGACUCGGGCGACGGCGUCACGCACGUCAUUCCCGUGGCGGACGGCUACGUUAUCGGAAGCUGCAUCCGCCACAUCCCCCUGGCUGGCCGCGACGUCACGCACUUUGUCCAGAAGAUGCUGCGCGACCGCGGAGAGGCCGUGCCCCCCGAGGAAUCGCUGGAGGUGGCCAAGCGCAUCAAGGAGUCGCACAGCUACGUGUGCUCGGACCUGGUCAAGGAGUUCAAGAAGUACGACGCCAACCCGAGCAAGUACUUCCUCAAGUACUCGGACCUGCACCCGCGCACCAAGCAGCCGUGGGAGAUCGACGUGGGCUACGAGCGCUUCCUGGCGCCCGAGAUCUUCUUCAACCCGGAAAUCUUCUCGACGGACUUCACGACGCCGCUGCCGAACGUCGUGGACGAGGCUAUUCUCAAGUGUCCGAUUGACACGCGCCGUGGACUGUACAAGAACAUCGUGCUGUCCGGAGGUAGCACCAUGUUCAAGGACUUUGGCCGUCGUCUCCAGCGCGACAUUAAGCGUCUCGCCGACGAGCGGCAGGAGGCGAAUUUGGCCCUGCACUCCAAGUACCAGAAGGUUAACGCCGAGGCGCUCGAGGUGAACGUGUUGUCGCACCGCAUGCAGCGCUUCGCCGUGUGGUUCGGCGGCAGUAUGGUGGCCUCCACGCCCAACUUCCACAGCGUUUGCCACACGAAGGCUCAGUACGACGAGGAAGGCCCGCGCAUCGCGCGUCACAACCCGGUGUUCAACGCUACGAUGUAA